AUUUCGUGAUGUGAUGUACUCAAUACUGUGUUACAGGUGUUUGUUUAAUACUGUGUUAAAGUGUCGAUUUUUGAAUGGUGGACUACGUUUAGUGUUGUACAAUGUUGCCGAUUUAUGAUCAAUAGUUGCUGCCGAACAGUAGUGAUAAACUAGUCGACUAAACAGUGCCAGUGGUUCCUAAAAGGGGUUCUUGUAACUUCUUCGGCUGUUGGACACACAUCUUGAUUUCUGGACUUCCUUGUUGUAUUCAAGUUUUACAUGUAAUCAGACAAACCCGGAUCUUUAUUAAGAUUAUGCAAGGCGGUGACACAGCUGCAGGAGGGGAUGAUGGGAAAUCAGGCAGUUCUGCAUCGGGUGGUCUCAACUCGGAGGCUAUAAAUGAAGCAUUGAAUGCAUCAGCUGACGUAGAAAGAAAAUGGAAAGAAAUGGAAAAUAAAAUGGCCCAGAUACAAGCAGGAGUUGCUAAUAUGUUGGUACAGUUAGUAGCAGGGCCAAAUGAGCCAGCAGAAAAAACUCAGCAAUUGUUGGAUGAACUCACACUUCAAGGAGUAGCUAAGUACAUUCAUGAUGGAAAAUGUCGUAACAUCAUCACAAUGGUAGGUGCUGGCAUAUCAACAUCUGCUGGCAUUCCUGAUUUCCGAAGUAAAAAUACUGGUUUGUAUGAUAAUUUGAAAGAGUAUAAUCUACCAUCACCCAGCAGUUUAUUCUCCAUAGAUUAUUUUAAGAAAAACCCAGAACCUUUUUUCAAAAUUCGGGUGCGUGAUUUCUAUAUGAAAGUUGGUGAAUAUCAACCAACACCAGCACAUUAUUUUAUCAAGAUGCUAGCAGAUAAAGGAUUGUUACUGAGACAUUACACUCAGAACAUUGACACGUUAGACACAAGAGCAGGAAUACCAGAAGAUAAGACAGUCCUGGCACAUGGGUCAUUUGCAUCCUGGCAUUGUCUUGGAGAAGAUUGUAAAACAUCUUAUACUUUGGAAUGGGUCAAAAAAAUAGUAAAUGAUGACAAGAUUCCGAGAUGUACAAAAUGUAAAUCUGUUAUUAGACCAGAUAUUGUAUUUUUUGGUGAGUCUCUUUCUGCCAAUUUCCAUGAAUCUGUUGAACAGGAUUUUGGUAAAUGUGACUUAUUAAUAAUUCUUGGUACAUCUCUGUCCGUUCAGCCAUUUUGUUCUCUCAUUAACAGAGUACCCGUCAACACCCCAAGACUAAUAAUAAACAAAGACAAACCUAAUGACACACUUGCCCAGGAUGCAGUUGGUUCAUUUCUGGGAAUUGACCUUCAAUUUCCCUCUCUGCUGUUUGACAAGGAUGAUAAUUAUCGCGACGUUGCUUACAUUGGUACAUGUGAUGAUGGUUGUUAUAAGUUGGCAUCUUUAUUGGGAUGGCAGGACCAUUUAAAGAGAAUGGUUGAAAAAGAACAUCAAGUGACUGAUGAGGCAAGCCGAGGAAAAACGCAUGGAAGCAAAUGCCAUAGUCAUGGAGCCAACCAGCUGGAAGGACCAUCAAAAUAG